AAGCGCCGCGAUAAGCUUCCCAGUACAGUGUAGAAUCCACUGGGGGCGAUCGAGUGCGGCGAGUAUGGCGCAAACAAAGCGAUACCGCGGUAACUCCGUCUCUAUCUCGCGUCCCGUCUCACCUGACACAAUGAAAGUGUGCAACGUAGGGGGAGACACGGCGUCCGCGUGAAAGAGAGAAGAGGGAGAAAGAGAGAAAAAGAAAGAGCAAGCAGCGAAGGUGGGAGAGAAAUCGCCCGUCUUGCGAGCCGUCAUGGCUGAAUCAUUGUGGGGACACUCGUAGGAAAAGCGAUAACAAAUGACGCCGUUUCUGACUCAUUAGGCGGCGGGUGUCGCGGUGUCCGUCUCUCGCGAUAACGCUACAAGAUCCUGGAAUCGCGACCAGGGGCCCAUCCUCGCGGGACCGGGAGUUUACGGGAGAAAGUGAACGAGGGAGAGAGAGAGAGAGAGAGAGAGAGAGGAAGAGAGAGAGAGAGAGAGAGAGCGAGCGAGCGAGCGAGCGAGGGAGCGAGCGAGAGCGAUCGCUGACAACAUAGUUCGAUGUAGAGGUAACCCACGAGGUGGAGGAGAGACGGUGGAUACAGACGGUGUUUAAUGCGUGCGCGGCCGUGCGAAGCCGCCGUACGUAAAUCCAGGACCGUGCCGCCGCACGAUGAACGGGUUAAGCCUGAGUGAACUGUGUUGCUUGUUCUGCUGUCCGCCCUGCCCGUCCAGGAUCGCCGACAAGCUGGCCUUCCUGCCGCCCGAGCCCACGUACACGUUCGUCGAGGACGAGGGCUCCAAGUUCACCAUCUCGCUGUCGGAGCGCGCCGAGUGGCAGUACACGGAGCGCGAGAAGGAGUCGGUGGAGGGCUUCUACGCGAGGACUUCGCGCGGCAACCGCAUAGCAUGUCUCUUCGUACGCUGCUCGGCGACCGCGCGCUUCACCAUCCUCUUCUCCCACGGCAACGCCGUCGACCUCGGCCAGAUGUCGAGCUUCUAUCUCGGCCUAGGCUCGCGCAUCAACUGCAACAUAUUCAGCUACGACUACUCCGGCUACGGUGUGUCGGGCGGCAAGCCGUCCGAGAAGAAUCUCUACGCGGACAUCGACGCCGCGUGGCACGCGCUACGUACGCGUUAUGGCAUCAGCCCGGAGAACAUAAUACUGUACGGCCAGAGCAUCGGCACCGUGCCCACAGUCGAUCUCGCCGCGCGCUACGAGGUCGGCGCGGUUGUGCUCCACUCGCCCCUCAUGUCCGGUAUGCGGGUCGCCUUCCCGAAGACCAAGAGGACUUGGUUCUUCGACGCCUUUACCAGCAUAGAUAAAGUACCGAAGGUAACAUCUCCUGUACUGGUAAUUCAUGGCACUGAAGAUGAAGUGAUAAAUUUCAGCCAUGGCCUGGCGAUUUACGAGAGAUGUCCACGAGCAGUAGAACCAUUAUGGGUCGAGGGUGCUGGCCAUAAUGAUGUAGAGUUGUAUAAUCAAUACCUCGAACGACUGAAGCAAUUUGUAAGCGUGGAAUUGGUAAACUGACGGCGACUCAGCCUCUCCCAGAGCCAGGGGGGGCAAGGAGGGGGCCAUAUGCAUGCGAGCAAUCAGGGACGUACAAUUUCCAACAACUCCAAUACCAUCAGCUCCAUUUCGACUAGCUCUCCGGCGGAGAAGCUUGUCUAGC